AUGGCAUCCAGAAUCACCACAGCAAAGAACCCAGUCGAUGUACUCGUAAUCGGCGCUGGACCAGCAGGUCUUGCAUGUGUACUCACAGUAUCUCGACUCUUACUUACAUCAAUUUGCUUCUCAUCUGCAGAAUUCCGCAACGCGAAAUCAAAGCACAUGCAUGGAGUCCCGACGUGGGAGCACAGAGAUGCAGCAGACUACCGCGACGCGGCAAGGAAGGAUAUCUUGGCUCAUUAUGACACGGCUUCUUUCGAGGACCUUCGUAUUAAGAGUCUGGAGAAGAGGGAACGAGAGGGAGGUGGCACGCUGUUUAAGGCUGUCGAUGAACAUGGAACGGAGUGGUGGGGACGAAAAGUUGCUUUGGCGACGGGCAUCAAGGACGUGAUGCCGGAGAUUGCGGGAUAUGAUGAGUGUUGGGCACAUAGCAUUUAUCACUGCCUCUUCUGCCAUGGCUACGAUGAGCGAAACAGCGCCUCUGUCGGUGUUUUAGCAAUGGACGAUUGCUCUCCAGCUCCAAUGGCCCUUCACCUCGCAAGAUUCGCGAACAGAUUGGCAGAAAAGGUCGUCAUAUACACAAACGGCAAUGAAGCAGUAACUACCUCGAUCAAAGAAGCCUUAUCCGCUGUACGACCAGACUCCAAAAGCGCAAAGCACAUCUCCCUCGACGCCAGAAAGAUCUCGAAAUUCGUGCGAGGAUCCAAGAAAGGCGAACUAGAGAUUUUCUUCACCGAGGGUGGCAGUAAAGUCGAGGGGUUCCUCGUCCACAAGCCGAAAAGCGCUUUGAAUGGACCGUGGAAGGAGCAGCUCGGAUUAGAGACCACGGAGCUGGGUGAUUACAAGGUUAAUUUCCCGUUCAAUGAGACAAGUGUGCCGGGGGUGUUUGCUGCGGGAGAUUGUAGUGGGAUGAUGAAGGCGGUGGGGUUUGCUACUUCGUCGGGUGGUAUCAUCGGAGCGGGGAUUGCUUCGUCGAUUUGUUCGGAGGAUUGA